CACUUGGUUACGAACGCAGCAUUCGACAAAAGAACAGACAUACAGUAGGCGACAAAGACAAAGUACAGUAGUUAGUCACAAAGCCUAGAUGUCCAUCUAGAUCAGACCAUAUUGUUUCACGACCGUGUUUUUACCGGCUGCAUUGAUUAUGCAGAGGACUGGAGGCUCAUUAUAGUAAACAGUUUAGUAAACGUCUCAGGAUGAGGAAGAGGACUGGCGACCGUGACUCCAAGAAGCAGAAGACUGCCGGAGGCGAAGCUUGUGUGUCAUCGAGUGCGCAGCCGAGGAGGAAGAUGCGCCAUCCAUGGUUCAAUGGCGUCAGAGGGCACUUGCUGGACUCUGUUGCCGUUGCAUUAUUUCAGCUUCCAAAGGACUCUCAACUGUCUUCUUCUUCGGCCACUGGAGCUGGGUCGGGCAGAUGGGGCUGAGGUCAGAGAGCGAUGGCGCAUCUGGAAGACCUCGCUCCCGUUUGUUGUGGUGGGUCAAAAGAGGUCUCCUGGCCGUAUGUGUCAUUUAUGUUUCUGUGCCUUUCAUGAUGCGACUGUUCCCUGACAUCAUAAAACACCUGGUGUAUUCUCACAGAGUCAGCGUCCCAUUCUUUGUCAACCUUAGCCAGCCAGCUGACCUGUAUCUUAACCACACUGUGAACAUGUACCUUAAAUCUGAGCAAGGGAUCUCAUUGGGUGUUUGGCACACCAUCCCUGAAAGUCAGUGGAAGGAGGCACAGGGAAAGGACUUGGAAUGGUACCAAGAUUCUUUGGGAGCUGGAAUUCCGAUUAUCAUUUAUCUCCAUGGCAAUGGAGGCACAAGGGCAGCAAGUCACCGUGUGGGAUUAAUACAUGUGCUGAGUGCAAUAGGUUGCCAUGUUUUGGCUUUGGACUACAGAGGUUUUGGGGACUCCACCGGAGAGCCCACUGAAGUUGGUCUAACCACUGACACCCUCUACUUGUACCAGUGGGUAAAAGCCCACAGUGGGAGCAGUCUGGUGGUAUUAUGGGGACACUCCCUUGGCACUGGAGUGGCCACUAACACUGCAGUCAAACUAAUUGAACAAGGGAUUGUUGUUGAUGGUGUGAUCAUUGAGGGAGCAUACACCAACAUUCGACAGGGGGGUGCCCAUCAUCCGUUUGCCUGGUUUUAUUGGAAGUUCCCAGGUUUUGAGUACUUUUUCCUGGACACAAUGGCAGAAAACAAUAUCAUCUUCCCUAAUGAUGAAAACUUGAAGAGGAUGAGGAGUCGUCUUCUGAUCCUUCAUGCAGAGGAUGACCACAUAGUGCCCAUCCACAUGGCUCAGCAGCUGUAUGAAAUAGCACAGAGUGCCCAGAACUCAGAAAAUCAAGUGAAGAUGAUACCGUUCGCCGGAUCCCUUGGGUACCAUCACAAUGGAUUAUACAAAGACCCUCACCUGCCAGGCAUCAUCAGGGAAUUUGUACAUACGUUGGCCCCCUAAUCCAGUGACCUGUGCAGAAGAGCCUUUGGAGUGUUUCAACAUAUCUAGAGGACUGCAAACCCUAGAUGCACAGUUUGCACAUAAAUGUGUCUCUUUACCUUAUGGCAAAUCAGUAGGGUGACCUUCAAUCACAUGGUCCAAUCAUUGACCUAAUAUCAGAUAAAAGUUACAUUGUUAGUAAAGUUAAGCAGUUACUUAGCCGAAGGGGGGGGUGCAUUAUUAUCCAAUGCAUUAUUAUCUAGCUAUAGCCUAUGCAAAUUACAAAACGUCUGAGAUGGAAGCAAUUAAUUUGUUGACUGUCGGUUUAUGAAUGACACAUGUGAAGAAUGAUGACUAAUCAAUGUUUAAAGUGUCAAACUUAGGUGAAUUCUUUGUAUUGAUUACAGAAAAGUUACUGCUGAAAACUUUUCUUUUUGGCUAGUAUUAUCCCCAGAUUCCAAAAUCAUGUUUGCAAGUACAAGUAAAACCUGAUCGAUGCUCAUGAAUCUUACUCCAUGACUCCUGCUUCUUUGUUGAUUAUGAACUUGCUUGUUUACCCGACCGUGGGAAAGACUACCCACUGGGCAAAAACUGGUUGAAUCAACAUUGUUUCCAUGUCAUUUCAACCAAAUAAUUCAAUGUGAGGAUGUUGAAUCAACAUGGAAAACUGGUUAAAUUAGCAAAAAUGUUCAUCAAAAUCUAAUGACGGGGUGAAAUUGUUUGUUGAUUUCAAUUUCAAUUCACGUUAGUUGACAACUCAACCAAAUCAAUACUAGAUGUUGAACUGACGCCUGUGCCCAGUGGGAAUGUUUGUUUCCAAACUCACGACUCUGACUCUAUUGGUUACGCAGACAAGGCCUUCCAUCCUAUUCUAACCCUCUCUCGCCGGCUUUGUAUUCAUGUUACCUGAUGAAAUUGCUGUACAAUAUGAUCUUGUUGCCAUCUGAUGCACAUUCAAAUGUCAUAAAAAAUCUACACUGCAAAGCUC